CCGAAUACCAGCGGUAUCAGUAUUCGGGCGUAAAUUUUUCCAUUUGCUAAUACCGGAAAUUUGACGGUGAUUACCGAUGAUAUACUGGUAUGCCGAAAUACCGAAACUAAAAAAAAGUAAAAUGCAGCACAACAGAUUGGAUUUGGGGGUAAACUAAACCCUAAUCGACCUCACCAAUGGCCUCCCCCGCUGCACGUCGCGCUCGAGCUCAACCAUCUCCUUUCUCCUCUGAUUCUCUCCCGAAAUCGAUCUCGCCGCCCCUAGGCAUCUCGCAUCUCCGUCUUCCUCUUCUCUUCACCACCAGCAGCAGUCCCCGAAGGAGAGAGCUACGCCGCCCCCAGCCCCUAGACAUCUUUGUCUUCCUCUUCUCUUCACCACCAGCAACAGUCCUCGACGGAGAGAGCUACGCCGCCGACUGCCGCUUCUUGAAACCGACAACAGGGUUCAACUCCGUCCACGAUUGAUGAUUGAAGAAUGAACUGACUGAUGAGAUGAAAGCCAGUCUCGUUGAUCGACUUCCUUCACGACACCGUUUCCCUGCUGCCUACUGGACCUUCUCGCCAUCCCCCGACACCAAGGUACGUAGGCCCAACGCCUCCUUAAUCUUAAUUAUUUCAUUCAUUGAUCAGUAUGACAACUGAUCUCUAACUUCCUUUUGUAGCUCUUCGACGAGGUUAACAGCAGCCACCAGCCGACCCUCAACAAGAAUUGAAGAAGCAACGGCCAGCAGGGAGUUUUUGACUUGUGUAGCUCUUUUUCGAGGCUAACAAUAGCCAACCCUCAACAAGAAGCAACAUCAACAUUCAAUAAUGUUAGUCUUGACUCUUGACAGCAUGUAAAUGCAAGAAGAUUUGGUCAAUUUAGUGAAUUAGAUGAAUUAGAUUUUAGUGAGUACUGAAUUGUGAAGCAAAAUAGUAGCAUACUUGUAUGAUUGUAUCAAAGGUGGUGUUUGUGUUUCUAGUUGGCUUUUUCCUUUUGGUGAAUGAUAAUUUAGAUGAAUUAGAUUUUAGUGCUGACCUUAUGAAUUGAGUAAUUGACAAUUGUUUAUGUUUGACCAUAUGUCUUUCACUCUUUUGCUUGUUUGGAGUAGGUAACAGUAUGUGAAUGUCCCUUGCUAGUUUGGAGCAUUUGGUUUUUAAUUUCUAUUAACAUAACAAAGUUAAAUUUUUUUA